UGAAGUUAGGUGAGGUGAGGUGAGAUGAGGUCAGGUGAAAUGAGGUGAGGCGAGGUGAGGUUAUAUUAGGUUAAGUUAGAUGGGACAGUUGAGCGCUGCUGAAUCAGCAGCUGUACGAGUAAACGCAAUAAACGCAUGUCGCCGACGUCGCGUUCGCCGUCAUCGUCAGUCGCCGGCGGCUGCGAGUGACUGCAAGGUCUGCGAGACUGUUUGUCUGAUCAUCGCAACAAGUUGUCAACUAACGAUAGUCAAAGACGUAAAAGUGAAAAAACUAGUCAGUCUCCUUCGUUCUUACACGUUUUCUGCCACAAUCUUCAUUGUGUCUCCCGCAGCAACCUUCAUAAUUAGCGUCCUGGAACGGCACCCUGGCGAAAUGGGCAUCUGGGAAAUAAUCGAUUUCGCAUCGCUUGACGGAGAAAUUCAGGAGCUGAUAAAGGAGAGCGCAGCAGUGCGUGAGAACGCGUACUCGCCAUACAGUAAGUUCAAGGUCGGCGCCGCGGUACGAUGCGUCGAUGGUAGCAUCUCACGGGGUUGUAACGUGGAGAAUGCGUCUUAUCCGGCGGGCGUAUGCGCCGAGGUCACGGCAAUCGCGCGGGCUGUGUCGGAGGGGAAGCGAAAGUUCACAGCGUUGGCCGUGGUCGCCGAUCAGGAAAAUACUUCGUUUACCACGCCAUGCGGAGUGUGCAGGCAAUUCAUGUCCGAGUUUGGUGAAAACAUGCCCAUUUACUUGACGAGAUCCGAUAUGAAGAAAGUUUUACGGACUAAGGUGAACGAACUGUUGCCGUUGUCGCCCUUCCGCACAAAUGAUACGGAGACUUCAUAAUUUAUCCU